AUGCAAACUACUUUGCCGGAUGCCACAGGCGGAGGGAGGAUGGAUACUAGGAAGAGUCUAAAGGAUUUGGCUCAACUCAUGUUGCCAGCUCUGAUUGAGAAAGGUGAAGGAGAUGCUGCUGAGAGAAGAAAUCGCCGUUUUGCUGGAAACCGUCUACUGAAUUCGGCUCAUUCCCAAAUAAGGAAAGGCGCCUUGAAUAUGAAGGAUAUAGCAGGUAGAGCUCAUCAAGCUGGUAUGCGUCAAGUUGAACGUUUACAAGAAAAACCUCCGCUCUGUUUCCUAUUCCUCAAUCGCGCAUAUCAUAAAUAUGGUCUGAAGCAUGUUGUGCUUAUUCUUGUUUUCCUCUGUUAUACAGCUAUAGGAGCAUUGGCUAUUCUUAUAGCUGAAGGACCCCAUCAGAACAAGUUGAAAUCAGACUGGAAUCAAAAAGUCACAUUCCAUCGAUCUUUACGGGUGAAUGAUAUAAUGAAAAGAGCUUUCAAUAACUCAGAUUUCUUGGUUUACUUGAAGGGAACAACGAGUGCUCGUCUUCAGCUCUUCUUCAACGAGCAGUUGCACUUAUAUGAACAGCAGUUAGACAUUCGCUGGUCGGAUCAGAAGAUGGAAUGGGAUUUUUGGAGCGCUUUGCUAUUUGCUGGCACAAUAUGCACGACCAUUGGCUAUGGUCAUAUUUAUCCAAUUACCAAUGCUGGACGAGCGAUCACCAUGAUUUUUGCCUUAUUUGGAAUUCCUCUCAUGUUGUUGGUCCUACAAGAUAUUGGAAAGUUAUUGACAAUAACAAUGAAGUAUCCAUGGUUCCAAACCAAAAGAUUAACAAGAAGAAUAUUAAAAUGCUGCACGAAGCAAUCAAUCGCUGAAAUGAAACAAAUAGAGAUAAAAGAACGUCAAGAUUUGGAAGUUUUUGAUCUCCCAGUUCCGGUCGGAUUAUCACUUGUGGUCAUAUGGGUUUUGGUAUGUUCAGUUGUUCUAUCAGCAUUGGAUAGCAAUUGGACACCUUUUGAAUCUUUUUAUUUUUUCUUUUUAUCACUAAGUACGGUAGGAUUGGGAGAUCUUGUUCCUUCUUCGCCUCAAUUACUUUUAACCAUGUUUGGUUUCAUACUAAUAGGAUUAUCACUUGUAUCAAUGGUCAUCAACUUGCUGCAAAUGAAGAUGAAAAAGACUUACGAUGCUGGAAAGGUUGUAGCUACGAUUGUGCGCGAGCAAAGUGUCACAACGCUUGGAAUAAUUCAGUGCUUUGAUGACGAAAACUCUACCUCAGACCGAAGUCUCAGUCGAUCUACGCAAACGAGCUUGAGCUUGCCCGCUGUUCGACAGGUUGUCCUUCGUUCGGAUGGUGUUCACUGGGUUACCGAUGAUUCACGACUGAAAAGCCCUGACGAAGUAACACAACUUGUUGAGCUGGAAAGUAGUUUAAGAGUUUGCGAGCAUAUCGGUGAAAACAACAACGAUCAAGAGGAUGAUGAGAAUCUGUUAGAAGAAACAGAUGUUUUAUUGGAUGUCGGUGAAGAAGAAUAUGAAUGA